UUCAUAUUUCUCUAGAGAAAAAAAAAAAGUACGAUUACAAAUAAAUACGUAAAAUUGAAACCAAGAUCGUCCCUCUUUUGGUGAGCGUUACGACUUUAAAACACCCUUCCUCACUAAUAAGAUACGGGGAAGAAAAGAACAGAGUCAGUCUGAGAGAGAGGGAAAAACCAAACCAAAUUCUGAGAAUCUUCAAUCUCUUUUUGACUGUUUUUCCAUGAUUUAGUCAAGCUAGAUUCACCGCCAAUCUUUGUUUCUGUACUUUCUGAUUCCUAAAACCCCUUCCCAAUUGGCUAAAACCCAGUUGGGGAAAUCCCUUCAGAACUGGUAAAGAAAAAAAAAUGGUGCAAGCAAACCAAUUUGCAGAGAGAGCUAUCAAGGCUCUUGGUCCCCUUUUCAAACUCACUGAGGUUCAUCUAUGGGAUGAUGGCUUGCCGGAUAAUCGUGGCGGGUUCUAUACGGAAUCAACUAAACCCAUUGGCAAAAAAGAUAAGGUUGGCUCAGACAAUGGUGACACUUCACCUGGGUUGAUCACUUCACCUGACGAAUUGGAUCUUGCUAGACAAAUGGAGGCACUGGGACUUCCGUUUGCGUUCCAUUCCAACAAGGAGUGUACUAGUUCUGGAGGGAAAAGAAAACACUCAAAGAAGAAGCAUAUUCAUACUCUUGAUGAUAUCUGCGAGGAAAUGGUUGAGCCGGCCAAAGUGAAUGAGGAGAGGAAUGUGUCUCUUAACUUUGAUGAUACAAGAUGUGAUUCUUUAUGCUCUUCGUCCACUGUAGUCCAAAUUGAGCCAUCAUAUUCUGAUGUGGUAGUGGGCAUCAAUGGACAAGACUCAAGUGAACCAUCAUACUCUGAUGUGGUAGUGGGCAUCAAUGGAAAAGACCCAAGUGAACCAUCAUACUCACCAUCAUACUCUGAUAUGGUGGAGGGAUUGGACCGGAGUGAACCAUCAUACUCACCAUCAUACUCUGAUAUGGUGGACCGGAGUGAACCAUCAUACUCACCAUCAUACUCUGAUAUGGUGGAGGGACUGGACCAAGGUGAACUGUCACACUUCGACAUGGUGGAGAGAACUGAUAGACUAGACGACCUGCAUGAUAAAGAAUGGGAAUCAAGAGCUUUACCGGCUUCUGAUGGCUGUGCAGCUGAUCUAUGCGCUUCUGAAGAUAACCUUGGGCUGAUUAACAGUGUUUCUUAUGAAAACAGGUGUUUCAAUAAUUUCAUAAGAAAAGAAAUACAAGUUGAGUCCAAUCCAAGGUUAGAUGAUGAAACUUGCAAUGGAAGCUGGUUGAAAGAUUGCAGUGUUGAUCACGGUGAGAAGGGACUGGAUCAAAGGCAAAUUGAUUCUGAGUUGAUGGAACCCUCCAUGACUGAUCGUGAAACAGAAACAUUGCAAUAUUGUGCCAACGCAGAGACGGGGCAAGAUUCUGAAGUUGCUUCCCAUAAUAUUCAAUUAUGCAUAGGCAUGUCUGGUGACUGGAAAGCAUGUUGGGACAAUCAUUACAUGCAAUACUACUACUUUAAUAUUGUUACAAAUGAGUCUUCAUGGGAUGCGCCCCCUGGCAUGGAAGCCAUGACAUGUGGAAGCGAAGUUGGAGAUCAGACCAAUUCAAUUCCUGGAACGGAGAAAAUAGAUACAGUUUAUCCAGCAUCUGAAGAUUUAAAUGAGUUAGGUUUUUCCUGUGAUCUGCCUCUAAAGCUUGACUAUUCCAAUGAACAAAAAAAUGAAAAUGGAACAGUGGACAAAACACUUGAUGAGACAAUUGGAAUUGAAAGCAACGGUAUUUAUAUAAUAGAAAAGCCGAAAAAGAAAGUUAGAAGAUUGAAAUCAACUGGAAGGAUGCCUCUUGGAAGAGAAGCUGCGCAGUUUGAAGGUGUUUUGGAUGAGUGCUCGCCUAGCAUAAGUAAAUAUUGGUGUCAAAGAUAUGCACUCUUUUCUCGAUUUGAUGAGGGCAUACUAAUGGAUGAAGAAGGAUGGUUUUCUGUAACCCCGGAGCUAAUAGCAAAACAUCACGCUUUACGUUGUGGAGUUGGGACUACAGUGGAUUGUUUUACUGGAGCUGGAGGCAAUGCGAUCCAGUUUGCACAGAGAAGUCAGCAUGUGAUCGCAAUUGAUAUUGAUCCGAACAAAAUACGCUUAGCACAGCAUAAUGCAGCAAUCUAUGGAGUUGAUGACCGUAUAGAUUUUAUAGUCGGGGACAGUGUGGUUUUGGCACCCCAAUUAAAGGGAGAUGCUGUAUUUCUGUCCCCGCCUUGGGGUGGACCUGAUUAUGCAAAAGAGAAAACAUUUGACAUCAAGACAAUGCUUAAACCUUGUGAUGGGUUUUAUCUCUUCAAGUUGGCAACGAAAAUCGCUCCGAAAAUUGUGAUGUUCCUCCCAAGAAAUGUUGAUAUCAACCAAAUAGCAGAGGUGGCUCUAUCUGUGAAUCCUCCAUGGUCGUUGGAGGUAGAGAAGAAUUACUUGAACAACAAGCUGAAGGCAAUUACUGCCUAUUUUAAUCAACCAACCAAAGGAAAAAACCAGUAAUCGUGCAAAUGUUGUUUGACUAGGAAGACGAUCAUGCAGUUUUGUCAGUGGCAGAUAAGGCUUGUCGUUUUCUCAAAAUGAAUCAAACUCCAUACAUGCACGAGGAAGAGUGAUAUUCGAAUGAAUCGCUUCUUUUGGCAUGAGAAAAAAAAAAAAUCAUAAUAGAAGGAUUUAAAAGAAAAGAAAAAAAGGUUCACAUUUUGCCUUUUUUUUUUUUUUGUACAUAUAUAAACUCAUGAAACUCAUUGGUUCCUAAGACAAGAGAGGGGAAAAAAAAGUUCACUUUCUAGAAUAGAAAUUGUGGCUUUUUUUUUUUU